GGGCUCGCCGGGGCCGGCGGGGCGGGCGGGCGCGCUGGCCAUGCUUCUGGACGCCGGGCCGCAGUUCCCGGCCAUCGGGGUGGGCAGCUUCGCGCGCCACCAUCACCAUUCGGCCGCCGCGGCAGCAGCGGCGGCCGCGGAGAUGCAAGACCGCGAACUGAGCCUGGCAGCGGCGCAGAACAGCUUCGUAGACUCGGCCGCGGCGCACAUGGGAGCCUUCAAACUCAACCCCGGCGCGCACGAAUUGUCCCCCGGCCAGAGCUCAGCAUUCACGUCGCAGGGUCCCGGCGCCUACCCGGGCUCCGCUGCGGCUGCCGCUGCAGCCGCGGCACUCGGGCCUCACGCGGCGCACGUUGGCUCCUACUCCGGGCCGCCCUUUAACUCCACCCGAGACUUCCUGUUCCGCAGUCGCGGCUUCGGGGACUCCGCGCCGGGCGGCGGGCAACAUGGGCUCUUCGGACCCGGCGCGGGCAGCCUCCACCACGCUCACUCGGACGCGCAGGGCCAUCUCCUUUUCCCUGGCCUCCCGGAGCAGCACGGGCCUCACGGCUCGCAGAACGUGCUCAACGGGCAGAUGCGCCUCGGGCUGCCGGGUGAGGUGUUCGGGCGCUCAGAGCAGUACCGCCAGGUGGCCAGCCCGCGGACCGACCCCUACUCGGCGGCUCAGCUCCAUAACCAGUACGGCCCCAUGAAUAUGAACAUGGGUAUGAACAUGGCAGCUGCCGCGGCCCACCACCACCACCACCACCACCACCCGGGUGCCUUUUUCCGCUACAUGCGGCAGCAGUGCAUCAAGCAGGAGCUCAUCUGCAAGUGGAUCGACCCCGAGCAGCUGAGCAACCCUAAGAAGAGCUGCAACAAAACUUUCAGCACCAUGCACGAGCUGGUGACCCACGUCUCCGUGGAGCACGUUGGCGGCCCAGAACAGAGCAACCACGUCUGCUUCUGGGAGGAAUGUCCGCGCGAAGGCAAGCCCUUCAAGGCCAAAUACAAACUGGUCAACCACAUCCGUGUACACACGGGCGAGAAGCCCUUCCCCUGCCCCUUCCCGGGCUGCGGCAAGGUCUUCGCGCGCUCCGAGAACCUCAAAAUCCACAAAAGGACCCACACAGGAGAGAAGCCUUUCCAGUGUGAGUUCGAGGGCUGCGACCGGCGCUUCGCCAACAGCAGCGACCGGAAGAAGCACAUGCACGUGCACACCUCCGAUAAGCCCUAUCUCUGCAAGAUGUGUGACAAGUCCUACACGCACCCGAGCUCCCUGCGCAAGCACAUGAAGUCCCCUCUGGUCCCCCCUCCCGGCUUUUGUCUUGCAGGUCCAGGCGGCGGCGGCGGGGGCUCUGGCGCGGGCGGCGGGACAGCCGGGGCCCACAGCGGCCUCUCCUCCAACUUCAAUGAAUGGUACGUGUGAGCGGCCGGGGGCCCUCUCCCUGUCCCCGGCCCUAUCCCGGGCGCUGUGCCCAGGGUACCUUGUGAUCGUGUUGUUAAAAUCUGAUUUUUAUGAUGAAGAAAAAGAUUUUACCAGCAGAAGGAUUUUUAAAAAGUUUCUCUUUUUUAAAGAAACAAAAUCCAGGCAUGAAAAGAAAAAAAAAAAUCUUACGGAGUCUUUGAAGCUGAACAUAUAAAAAUAUGGAAUAAAAAUGAAAGAAUAAAAACCCACAAAAAUAUUCACCCAAACCCUCCUGCCUAACCCCAUGCUCAUGUUCCUUCCCACUCGCGUUCCCAAGUCUCCUGACAAACUGUACAUAGCGGGCCUCCGUCCUUCUCCGAGGUGAUUUUAAUGGCUUCUUGGUGUAUAGAAGUUUGUCCAUUGUAAACUCUGGAUUGCGUUCCUUCCUGCCUUCUCCUCUUCCCUUGCUUUCCCUUCCCUAAGUGAUGGGCUUUUUCUUUUCUCUUUUUGGUUUACCCGGUUUCUUUUUUAAGUAAUGUGGAAGAAAAUGGUUUAUUUUGUACUGUGGUAUUGAAUAUUGUGUUCCUUUUUAUAAGGCAACUUGAUUGUAAACUUCAUACAACUAUCGACUGGGGGAAAAAAAAAACGAGCUGUGCCAAAGUCUCCCUUCCGUUUCUUCAGCACACCAACCCAUAGCACACACGUACACACCACCAACAACGCUUGUGAAUGUAUUUUUCUGUUAGCUGGGUUUACAUGUGAUGUUUUAGUGCUUUUGCAAGUUCAAUUUGUUAGUUCCUGUAUGAAAGAUUGUGGGGGAAAAAUAAACGUUGUGCCGUUAGCUUUUUCCGUAAUAACACCCUCCCUUCUGUAAAUACCCGUUACCAUAUUUAUCCAUUUGUAAUUAAAUUAUGGUAUUAACUUGCUACAGAGGAAACAAUAUUUAUAAAGAAUGUUUCUUAACUAUAAAUAUGUACAAUUGUGGGCAUAAACUGUUGCAGAUUUUUUAUUUGAAGGUUUUAAGUGGUUUGAUCAUUUCUUGUGAUAUGUUUUGAGAGUAAUGCAUACAGAAAUAUAAUAAAAUGUGUUGAAACUGCAUGAA